CACUUGAUGGCCAGUCAGGGCUCAUCCUUCGCGAGGUACACGUCGCGUAACCUCAUUACAUUUUUUUUUCGCUAAUCAAAAAUAUUUAACUCAUCGAUUCAUCAAAAAAAGGAAGAACGUUAAUUUACGAAUUUGCAAAAGAAAAGAGUCAACGGUGUUUACAAACGAAAUAAAGAUUUAAAUAUUUUUACCACUAGACAAAAUUUAACGACCAAAUAUACAAAUCUUCUCAAAAGGGGUAACUGACCCUGCGCAACGAAUCUCUUUCUCUCAGCACCGGUGUGAAGUACUUCGACCGGUUGUGAGAUUACCUGGGCAGGAUUCUCGCAUCUCAAAAAAUUUUGUCCUCUCGAGUAAAAGUGUAUUUUUCGGGUCCGCGAAUAAUUAGGGAGAAGUGAGAGAUUUAUUCUCCAGUUGCCUUUUUCGGAGGAAUUUUUCUUUUUUCUAAACUUUUUUUUUCUUUUUUUUGCCGAUUCCCAAAAAAAAAAAAUUUGUUGGGACUAGAUAGUCCCGUGUGUUGAACCUUGUAGGGAGAUCGAUAAACCGGUACGACGAUCGAGUCAAUAGGAUCGUGGAAGGCCGUGAGGCUUCUCCGACGCCUGGUGGGUAGUCGUGAUUGGUCCUUUCGUGCGGAUUUACAACAAGAUCCCCAAAACGGCAACCUCUCGUCAUCGUGGUUCUGCCGGGGCCCAGCAGUACGCCGGAAAAAAUCGGGAAAAGAGGAGCCAGGGUCCGCGGGAUCCUCGACUUCCGCCAGGGCGCCUGGUGAAGAGAUGGAGGACAAGUCGUCCUCCAGGUUCUCUGAGUACCUCUUCGCCAAAAUGGGUGGUCAGGACGUCUCCGCCUCGCAGGGUCCCAGGAAGAUGACGGCAGAUACCACCCAAUGGAUACGGGAAAACCUACUGUUAUUGGUUACAUUGUCGGGAGUCCUCCUUGGAGUGAUUCUUGGGUUUGGCCUGCGUCCUUUGGGCCUCGGUGAUGAUGCUGUGAUGUUAAUUAGUUAUCCGGGUGAGCUGUUUAUGAGGUUACUGAAAUUGAUGAUUUUACCUCUAGUUAUAGCCAGUCUCAUAUCUGGUUCUGCGAGUUUAAAUGCUCGAAUGAAUGGAAUGAUUGCCGUUCGAACUCUCGUGUAUUUUAUUCUGACGUCAUUACUGAAUGCAAUUAUUGGCGUCAUUCUUGUGAUUCUUAUUCAUCCUGGCGAUCCUGGUCUUAAAGAAUCGAUUGCACCCUCAACGCAAGCGAGGGCGGUCAACAUUUUGGACAGUCUUUUAGAUCUUGGAAGAAAUAUGUUUCCAGAAAAUCUCUUUCAAGCAGCCUUUCAACAGGCUCAUACAGUGUAUGUUCCAAAGAAACAAUUCUUUCAAAACUAUUCAGAACGACUUGAAAGUACUGAAGGACCACCGGAUGAGGAAUUGAUGAGGGUUAUCCAAUACAGAAGUGGAACCAAUACUUUAGGAAUAGUUUUCUUUUGCUUGGUCUUUGGAACCUUUCUUGGCACUUUGGGUGAAAAGGGUCAAGUUGUUAUAGACUUUUUUAAGGCUGUCUUCGAGGUCAUCAUGAGAAUGGUUUCAACCGUUAUGUGGAUGACUCCGAUUGGAAUAACGUCUGUGAUCGCUGGCAAGAUUUUAGGAGUGAAUGACUUGAGUCUAGUGAUGUCUCAAUUGGCAUGGUUCAUUGUGACGAUUGUGAUUGGAGUUUUCUUAUAUCAGUUGGUGUUCAUGCAGCUGAUCUAUUUGUCGAUCGUGAGGAAGAAUCCUUUUAAGUUCUACACAGGCCUCGCGCAGGGUACUCUCACCGCCUUCGCCAUGGCAUCAACGGCUGCCGCACUUCCUGUGACGUUUCGACUGAUGACGGAUAAAUUGAGGGUUGACCCAAGGGUCACAAGAUUCGUUUUGCCCAUUGGAUGCAAUAUUAACAUGGAUGGUACUGCCAUGUUUGUGGCUGUUGCAAGCAUCUUCAUUGCUCAGAUGAAUGGCAUUUUUCUUGGAUUUGGAGAACUUAUCACUGUCAUCUUAACCUCGACUGCAGCAUCGGUAUCUUCUGCUUCUGUACCAAGCGCAGCGUUGGUUUUACUUCUAGUUGUCCUCAGUGCCAUUGAUGCACCAGUACAAGACGUUUCUCUUCUCUUUGCCAUUGAUUGGUUUGUAGAUCGAGUGAGGACAACAAAUAACAUGCUAGGAGAUUGUUACGCAGCUGCCGUUGUAGAACAUUUAUCGAAAAAGGAAUUAAUGGCCCUGGAUGCCGCAGCAUAUCAAUCUGAGACUAUCCUGCCAACAACUAUUGCCAAUGGAUGCAUCUCAGCAAAUAGGGUACCGGAUCCUGACACAAUUGUGGUUGAAAUGCAAGACGACUCAAGGAUAUCCGGCGUCGCCAAGUAAAAUAUCUUGUUGCAAUAAAAUGGUGUUGCCAAAAUCAAUAACCGAGGAAUCUGUUUGACAACCGAUUAAAUAGAUUAAUAAAAAAAAUCGGUUCUUAUAAAUAAAAAUGACAAAAAAAAAGAAUACGAUCUUAAAAUGAAAAAACUUUUCUCUAAAGUCAGAGGGAAAAGUAAAACUACAUAAAAAAACACUGUUCAUUGAUUGUUAAUGCGUUUUUAGGACAACACAGGGGAUCGACUCUUUGAAAAAUUUGACUCGCCAUCGAGUCUCUAGAGUCCUUAAAAAAAUAUCAAUAAAUGUCAAAAUGAUAUUCACACUCUAAUGUCCCGAUUUAAGAAUCAAAAAAAAAAUCCGAUUCAUUCAAUUAAGGCGGGGCAGUCUUACGAGAGAAUAAAAAAAUGAAAGGCGUACAUAUAAGAACUAGAUAAAAAUGAAUUAAAUUUGGGAAAUGUCUUUUGAAUUUUCAACUGAAUUUUAGUCAGCAGUUGUUUUUUUUUGCUGCUAGAAAUUUGUCAUUGAAACUGUUCAAAUAAGACUUAAUUUUGAAUAUAGAAAAGUAUGGCAAAGAGUUUUAUUUUCUUAAAUUAUUAAUUAAUUUUCAAAUUCGAUUAAAGUAAAAAGAGUGAAAAGAGUGAAAAAAUGAAAAAUAUUCGAAAAAAGCUGAUUUAUGGCUAACAAGUAAUUGAAAUUAAUUUAAUUAUUUACAAUUAAAAAAAACAAGUUCAUAAAAUAGUAAUUAGUAUUAAACAGUGAUUGGACAAGGAAACAAUAAAUAAUGAAUAAAUGUUAAUAAAAUGACUGAUAUUACAAUUUAAAACAGUAGUUGACUUCGUUAUUAAUGUUUACUAAUGUUAAUAAUUAAUAAAUGUUUCAAUAGAAACCAUUGAAAUAAUAAUAAUUCUGACGGAUCACUGACGAAUGACAAUAAAAUCGCCAUUUUUACCCUUUGUGUUAAUUAAAAAAAGUUACUCCUUCUUUAAACUUAUUCGUUAUUCUUUACAAUUUACUCAAAU